AUCCCCCCACCCCCCAUUAGAAUUCAGUAGGCAUAAAAGCCCCCCUCCCCCUCACCCAACCAACCCCAAGACUUUCCCCCCAUGGACAAGAGAAGAGAAUGCCUCCAUCAUAUCUGCACUUCAAGAACUUAACAUCCAUGUGCUGUAACCUGGGAGCUUAUUUUUCCUUUCUGUUUACUGGUGUUGGAGCUGCUUUUUAUGGGAAGUGAGAAAAUUUGCAUCUUGAACAAUAUCUCUAUUUAAAGAAAGUAUUAUAGAUGAAGAAAGAAACAGCCGCAUUUACAAAGUAGUUUCUUUGCAUAUUCUGCUUAUGGUGAAGAUUGUUUAAUGUUUGCUUAGCUAUGGUGAUUUUGAAUGCAGAUUCAUUGGGAAGUGAAAGGAGGAGUGCUUAAUACUUAAAUUAGGGUGGAUUUGCACUGUAGUAGGAUACUUAAAUUAGGGUUUGGAGCUGGGAAGAAGAUGAGUGGGACUGCAUCAACAUCGGUGGCGGUAGGGGUGGGGAUUGGAGGAGGGGGGGAGGUGGGGUAUGGAGAGUAUAUUAGGCCUCCAUUCACAGCAGUGCAAUGGCAGGAGCUGGAGCAUCAAGCCAUGAUAUACAAGUAUCUGGUGGCUGGCUUGCCGGUCCCGCCGGACCUCAUUAUGCCCAUCCGGCGAAGCUUCGACGCACUUUCUGCGCGGUUCUUCCAUCAUCCUUCGCUGGGUUACUGUUCGUAUUACGGAAAGAAAUUUGAUCCGGAGCCAGGGAGAUGCCGGAGGACUGAUGGAAAGAAGUGGAGGUGCUCCAAAGAUGCACAUCCAGACUCCAAAUAUUGCGAGCGGCACAUGCACCGUGGUCGCAACCGUUCAAGAAAGCCUGUGGAAUCCCAGUCGAAUACACAGUCCCUGUCGUCUGCAACAUCGCAUGUAUCUAGUGGGUGCAGUAGUGUCAACAUUGGAAACCUCCAAGGUAGUGGGAGCGCCUCUGGCUAUCAAAACAUGCCGUUGUAUUCUGUUGUUAGUUCAGACGGAUCGCCCUACGCGAGCAAUGCAACAAAGCUGCAGAUGGAACCGAACUCGUAUGCAAUCUGUAGCAAAGAAUUCAGCUUCUCUCCCGAGCCUUCUUCAAGUGUCGGAAACCUCGGUUUGGGCUCAAGUGCUGGUAGCAGCAUGUGGCGAUUUGCGCAGCCUCACGUCUCCUUGAGCAACAUGCCGAGACAGAAACCUGAUUCGCAGCUUAUGGACCCGUCUCAACAAAAUGUUCCCCUUGCUUUCGAGCCUAUUAGCGGCACUGCAUCAAAGCACCACCACCACUGCUUCUUGGAGGGGGGCGGAAUUAAGCAAGAUUCGCACCCGGUGCACCCUUUCUUUAGCGAGUGGCCUACGACCAAAGAACCAUGGCCCACUCUUGACAAUGACGAUGGGUCCAGCAAGAACGUGUUCUCCUCGACACAGCUGUCAAUUUCAAUCCCAAGGGUGGCGUCUUCUGAUUUUUCUUCGAGGAGCGCUUACUCGCCCAAGGAUGCUUGAAGAAGAUUGUGUUCGUGUUGGUGUAAUAAAGAGUUGUGGCGCCGCUUGCUUGCCCGUUGUAAGAAGUAAGCUGGCUUGAGUUAAAUUUUUCUGCUUUCGGAACCUGGAAUUCUGGUCAGUGAACUCAGUAUGUUGUAAUAACAGAUGAGAUCUUGAAUUUAGCUUCUUGAAUAAGUGUACUGUGCUCUGAGUUAUGGGUUUGAUUGAAUUUUUCGGAUCUCACAA